AUGGGGCACGCCAUCUCUGUUCAUUCCAAGGUUAAACAAGCCAGAAUCCUCUUACUUGGCUUGGAUGCAGCUGGUAAAUCUACUGUGCUGUACAAAUUCAAAUUCAAAGAGCCUUUUUGUACAAUUCCAACAGUCGGCUUCAACGUGGAGAUGAUUCAGACAGAGAAGCGCCUGCAAUUAACCAUAUGGGAUGUUGGAGGACAAGAGAAAUUGCGAUCACUCUGGUGCUACUACUUUGAAAACACAGAUGGACUGGUGUACGUGGUGGACAGUACUAACAAAGAAACUCUAGAUGAGUCAAAAAAGGAAUUUCAGCGUAUACUGCAGAAUGAACUAAUAAAGAAUGUGCCUGUUGUCGUCCUGGCUAACAAGCAAGAUAUUCCCGGGGCUCUCAAUGCAGACGAGAUCACACGGAAAUUUAACAUGAACAAGUAUUGCUCGGACCGGGACUGGUAUGUCCAGCCAUGCUGUGCCAUCUCAGGGCAAGGUCUGGCAGAAGGAUUCAGUAAAGUGUCUGAAUUUGUCAAGAACUCAAAAGAAGAAGCUCUCAACUUUUCAAAGCAGAGUGUAAGACUUAAAACAUCACGGAAAGUAUAA